AUUAUAAUUAAAACCAAAAUAUGAUAAAAAGACAUUGAGCAUGAUUCUAACAUUUUAAUUUAAAUGGAUUAGUGUUGAUAAGAGUCAAUAAUGGAGCAGAUAUACGCGCUUGGCGUCUCCUGCAUCGAAUUCGUACAGAAUUGGUUCUCAGACUCAGAAGAAUUCUUUGAGUUUGUGAAUCAUCUAUCCAACCCACACAAUGUUGUAGAGGUGCUGUUUCCUCUGAUCUCCAUUGUUGACUCUGUAUUUGCUGCUCAACUACUACUCUGUUUAGCUUUUGGAGGUUGGCUCAAUGCUAUUAUGAAAUGGUGGUUAUUAGAAGACCGUCCAUAUUGGUGGGUUCAAGAGACAUCAUUUUACAAUGGCACACGACGUCCACAUCUGUACCAGUUUAGUCAGACCUGUGAGACAGGACCCGGCUGUCCCUCUGGCCAUUCGGCUACCGCGGCCACUGUACUAUUGCUGGGCCUUAUGUGGAUAUCACAUGUUAUGAAUGAUAGAAAAUGCUACAUAUGGUGGUGGAAGUUGGUAGCAUACCCAGUAUCUGGGUUUGCGCUGUUCUCAGUCGUAUUGGCGCGUUUGUACGUCGCUACGCAUUUUCCGCACCAGUGCUUCCUCGGCAUCUUGAUAGGUUCGUUCCUAGCUCCAGCCUUAUGUAUUUACGUGUCUGACCCGUACAUAUGGAAGUACGGUACUGGUGCGUCUGACACGGGUCGCGCAUUGCUCUGGCACGUUAUAUGCGCUUUGCUGACCAUUGCUAUUAGUGUCGUUACGUACUUCAGUUUAAAACUAUGCGGAAUAGACCCCCAAUGGACCGUGCAGAUGGCGUUCCGUUGGUGCGAGAGUCCUGAUGACAUCCACGUUUCGACGACGCCGAUGUUCGCGCUAGUUCAGACCACAGCCAGCCUGCUCGGCUGGGCGCUCUGCGUCACGCCCGCUGUCGCACAAUAUCGUCAUUAUACGAGGAAUCGUUCAUUGAUUUUAUCAGCAUUUAGCACGGCUAUUAUAUUGUACAUUUUUAAACACGCCCAAGACAAUAUAAAUAGAAGCAAUGCGUUCUGCUUUUACUUCUUACAAUUCCUAUUAAAUGCUAUAAAGCCUGCUUUGUUACUGCGCUUGGCGCCCGCGAUAGCAAUGUGGCCAUACUCAGCGGAAAUAAAGAUGAAAACUAAAUAAAUGUGUUACCAUUAGCAAAAAUUACUAUUUAGUUAAUUUAUUC